AUGGUAGAUAAAGAAAUUGGAAGUCCAGACAUGUAUAGCUUCAUAAAAAAGGAAACGGGUGAAAUAAGAGAGUCUACAGGAUACUGGGAAGUGGUUUUUGCUCGGAGAUCUGGAUGGACCAUGUCUCCUUCAGUCCGGUCAGACCUGGGCUAUGUACCCCCUGAUGGUGGAUGGGGAUGGGCAGUGGUGUUCGGAGCCUCCAUCUCAGUUGGGUUUGCAUAUACCUUUCCUAAGGCUUUCACAAUCUACUUUAAAGAGCUCCAGGCUGUUUACAGCAUUUCCUACAGCCAGAUAGCCUGGAUAACAUCCAUCAUGUGUGCUACCACCUACGGAGGAGGGCUUCCCGAGGAGCGCUGGGCACCCACCCGCACCCCCAGCCCGGCCAUGCCACCCCCCACUCCCACGGGGCGAGCCCCCGGCCCUCCGGACGGCGGCUGGGGUUGGGCGGUGGUCUUCGGCGCUUUCAUCUCUAUCGGCUUCGCGUACGCCUUCCCCAAAGGCUUAGCCAUCUUCUUCAAAGAAAUCCAGGAUUUCUUUGGCACGUCCUAUAGCGAGAUCGCGUGGGUCUCCUCGAUUAUGCUGGCUACGACGUACGGUGCAGGCCCCAUUAGCAGUAUUUUAGUAAACCGCUAUGGCAGCCGGCCCGUGGUGAUAUUUGGAGGCCUGCUGUGUGGUAUUGGGAUGGUCUCAGCCGCCUUCUGCACCAGCAUCCUGCAGCUCUACAUCUGCGUGGGCUUCAUUACAGGAUUCGGCCUUGCUCUCAACCUCCAGCCAUCAGUGAUAAUCAUAGGGAAAUACUUUUUGAAGAGGAGACCUAUCGCAAAUGGCCUUGCUAUGGCAGGGAGCCCUGUGAUGCUUUGCACUCUGGCUCCUCUCAACCAGUUCCUUUUUGACAAUUUUGGUUGGAGAGGCAGCUUUUUAAUUCUUGGGGCAAUUUUAUUAAACUGCUGUGUGGCAGGAGCACUCUUCAGACCAAUCGGGCCAGCCACAGUAUCAGUCAAAACCCAGAUGACUGAGGAAGGGAAGGGUGCUCUGAAAGAAGAGGUCACUGAAGAUGCCAUGGAAAUGAGCAGUCCCACAGAUGUCCCCAUGGAGAACAAAACAGAAGAGGAAGGGGGAAAGGACUGUUGUGAAAAAAUCAACCAGUACCUCGAUUUUUCCCUCUUUAAGCACAGAGGGUUCUUAAUUUACCUGAUUGGAAAUGUGCUCAUGUUCCUGGGGUUUUUUGCCCCUAUUGUUUUUCUGGCACCCUACGCAAAGCACAUUGGCAUUGAUGAAUAUUCAGCUGCUUUCCUCCUUUCAAUCCUUGCCAUCGUGGACAUGAUUGCCCGACCUACCACUGGCAUCAUUGCAAACAGCAAGUGGGUGAGGCCGCGGAUUCAAUACUUUUUCAGCUUCUCCAUUGCUUUCAAUGGCACCUGCCACCUUCUGUGCCCGCUGGCUUCUGGCUACACAGGGCUCGUUGUCUACUCCAUCUUUUUUGGCUUGGCUUUUGGCAUGGUUUGUGCCAUGCUCUUCGAAACGCUUAUGGACCUCGUGGGAGCCGCCCGCUUUACAAGCGCUGUUGGCCUGGUCACCAUUGCAGAGUGCUGUACAAUAUUGCUGGGACCACCUAUUGGAGGAACUCUUAUCGAUACCUUUGGGGACUAUAAAUAUAUGUUCAUUAAAUGUGGAGCUGUGAUGGUCCUGGCAGGAACCUUCCUGUUCAUCAUGAAUUAUUAUAAUUAUCGUAUGCUUGCCAAGGAGGAGAAGGAAAGAAAGGUAAAAGGGGAUCCAAAAGAGGAUCCUGUAAGGACAGAAAAUGAAGGCAAAAAUAACUGGAACAAAGAAACUGCACAGGAUGGGCCUGAGCUGGAACCUUUGAGAGAGGAACGAGAAGGACUAAAGAAGGAAGUGAACGGCACAAAUGAAGUUUAAACCUGUUCUCAUGGGCUGAACGGGAAAUCGCUUCUGGGUUGCUUAAGUGGACACCAGCUGUGAAAUCACACUAGGUUUUUAAAUUUUACUCUGUGCUCUGGCAUGUGCAUCCUCUUCUUUGUUGUAGGAGAAGACUAGAACAGAAACAAGUCUGGUUUCUUAUAAAGUGCUGGGACACAGUGCGGUAUCAUUUGCGUACCAAAGGUCCUGCAACAUUUUUCUUUAGGUAUUUCCCGUUUCCCAGAGGGGCUGAGUAAGGAUGUAACUGACAUCCCCCUUUUAUUCCCUGUACUACAGAUUUACUCUGUGAAAAGGCCAGCGGCCACCAGAGUCAAUGCAGAGCCCUUCCAGCAGCCUGAACAGGCUUUGCAUUGAGUACUGUGGUGGCUGGGUCUUCUUGCCAUACAGUCAAAACUCUUCAAUUCUCUUUGCAGUGUCAGAAUUAUCCCAGGGAUUUGGUGCUGCCUUCCACUGGCAGCUGCACUGUGCCUUGCACCUCUAUUUCAUGGAAAUGUAAAAUGGACUUUACACGCAUCUUAAAUACAGCAUGAGACUGCUGCUUUGACAGAACAAGGGCUGUACAUGCCCGUGUGUGAAGUGGCAGCCUGGCCUUGUGGCAUGCUAGGAAAGAACUAACUUGGGGUGGCUCAUCAUGGCUUGACCAGAGACUUUCUCAGGGACCUCUGCAUUUACCAAAAUGCCUUGAGAAAGGUGACGUUAUGCAGGGGGCCAGCACAAGGCUGACAUGCUACAGGAGUCCUUCCUCCAGGUCCCCUGUCUGUGCAGGGCAGAAAUUCAGUCUUAAAAGGCUUAAAUUUUGAUCUACAUUCAAACAGUGCAAACUCUUUUAAAAUUUUCCCUAGAAGGUUACAAAGUCCUGAUUAUCCAAUAUCUGAGUGCCUUACCAUUUUUAGCGUGCUUUUUCUUUACAAUACCCCAGUGAGGCAGUAAGUGUUCUUACUAGUAAUUAAUUGUACAAAUGAAGAACUGAAGCACAGAGGAGCUGUGAGUAUCAUCGCAUCAGUGAAUAAAGCUUAGGCAUGCCAGAGCUGAAAUGGGAUCCACUGCUGUGAGUUAGGUGCCUGAAAGCCCUGCUGAGCACAGGUAUCCCCCUGCUAGAAAAUAAGAAAUACCAUGGAUAGUCACGCAUUAAACCACAGCCCUCUCUGCAGUGCAGCCUGGUUACUUUGUGCUUCGUAAUACUCAGGAUUAAUGAUGUUAAAGACUGUCUUAGAGCUGUGACCUUGUGCCAUAUUUUUUUUUAACACGGUUAAGUUCCAUCCAUCCUGGAGGGAGUCCAAACACAGCAGCCUGCCCCUUGUUUGGGCUGGGUCAGGCACCACCCUGUUGCUAGCACUUCAGUACCUGGUGGCCUCAUGCCAUCCCGUUGCAUGAAAUAAAGCUUCCGAGGUCAGUGAUGCAGAGCUGGAGCUGAGGCCACGUAGGAGGCUCUCAUCCAGUGGGGAUAAUUUUGAACUGGGAAGACCUGGACCAAGCACUGAUGUAUUUUAUAAUAAGCAGCUGUUGCCCAAGAGCCAUGGAUGCUGAGCAUGGCAUCAUGUAGUUGAAUCAUCAGCCUUUUGUGGAUUUAGCUCCACGUGAGUAGAUAAAAACAAGGACUUUUCAGGCAGAUCACCCAAAUCCAAGGGUAACACCAGUCCAAAGUCCAAUCCUUAUUCAAUGGUACCUUUAUGUGAUGAGAUAGUAUUUUUUCAUGACUUUGUCACUGAAGAACUGUAUUUAAUUAUCAGUUGUGCACACAAUAUGAAGAAUGUCUUGUAAAAAUACUUUCGUAAAUACACUAUAUGCUUAAAUUUCCAUCACUUCUACCUUCUUGUACGAAACCUUCUCUGUGAAGCCUUUUGUUCCACUAAAGAAUAAUGGUCUUUGGCCAUUGAGUUCAGUAGGACUUAAAUUUUAUCCUUAUGUAGUAUUUUAUACUUUCUCUGAAAAACAAAAUCUAUACCAUAUACUUAGGCCUUGUUGUGGUUUUAAUACUCAUUA